UCACAACGAGCAUAAACACAAUAGAGAGAGUGUUCAGAGAGCUCCGGUUUUCGCACAAAACCGCGAGUAUUGAGAGGAGCUGUUUUAUCCUGGAGAAGACCGGUUGAUAGUCUGCCGUGCGCAUCGAAGGCAGUGCCGCGAACGUCUUAAAGAGAGCGACCUAGUCCGCGACUCAGCUCCAGAUUCGGUAACCUCGUUCUUCUUGUUGUUCCGUUUCUAACACUUACCAAACGCAUAUAAACAAUAUAUGAAAUAUCAUACACGUGACAGAGGGCUGAUAAACAAAGCGGAGUGCAUUGAACCAUCAAAGCUUUUAUAUCGGAAAGACAUGCGACGGCGACGACGACAGGGAGAAUCAUCGAGCGAUUCCUCUCCCGCUUUUCGUUCCUCCUCCUAUAUUCUGCCUCCUACGAUUCGCAAUUCAAGGGCUUCGAAGCUGAUGAAGACGGCUACUGCAGUUUUAGAUACCUCCCAAUCAAAAUCAGAUUCAUCAACUGCGGCUGCUACUAUGAUUGCCAGCUUCAUCAACUGGGAUAAGGACGAUUUCGAAGGUCCGUCGAUUGCUGCGUAUUUAGAAGAUCUUCCUCGUCCUUCUUCGUUGCCACCGAAGUCCAAUUUUUUCUAUUGUGGCCGAACUUCGUUGACAGUGAAUUUGGGAUACAGGGAAAGGAACAUAGAAUGAGUCUUCAGGUUAUGCUUUUCCUGAAGUCGCCUGCGGUGAUACUAGAGUUGGGUAUCGACUCCAUACUUGUUAAAUUUGGGGUUGCAUGGAUCUGUAGAUGGGUUGCAUUCGAUUGUUCUGGGGUUUGCUUUUUUUAUUUUAUUUUAUUCCUCUCAUGCUUCUGAUUGCUGGAAAAUAGAAUGAUUGCAGAGGUAACUUGUUUCGUUGGAUGCAGUUGGGUGAGGAUUAGGCAAACUAUUAAUGGUAUGGGAAUUAAUGAAAGAACAGAAACUGACGGCAGGUAUGGAUAGAUAAAACAGAGGAGCAAUUUUUUUCUCUGGGAAUAAGAGAGUAUGGGAUAA